UCGCCAAUAGGUGCUGCGGUAUGGAUGCAUGUAAUGUCGAGUCUCCCUAAUGUCCUACUGAGGCUAGUCCUGCAGAGGAGGUGGAAUCUACGGACGGCAAAUAACUAAGUAACUCAGUAACAUAAACAAUGGAACAUCCAGCUUAUACAUUAUCAGGUCUCUGUACUGUAGGAGGAAUUAUUGGUUACAGUCGUAAAGGCUCACUUCCUUCCUUAGUAGCCGGAUUAACUUUCGGAACCAUUUAUGGAUAUUCAGGAUACCUUUUACAUAAAAAUGCCGAUUGGGGAUUGGAAUUAGCUUUAGGUGCUUCUAGUUUUUUAUUGGCGACAGGUUUAGCUAGAAGUAUUCCAACUAAAUUUAAGAAACCUUUACCUCUUGUAUUGACUGUUUUAGGUGGUUUAGGUUCAGCUUACUAUUUGAAAAAAUACAACGAAUUCUAUCCAUUAUUUUAGGAUACUAAUGUAAAAAUUACAAUAUAUAGGUAUGUAUGUAAAUAGCAAUGAAUAGUACUAAUUAAAUA